GUUCGUCCGCCUUCCGACACUUUGCAAUGAAAACUGCGGAAUACUUUAUAUUGCUGCUGAGUUUGGCGAGAGUUUUGCCGCAAAUCGAGGGCUGCAAUAGGGUUCCGCUGGGAACCACGGCAGCCAAGUCACCGGUGGAUGAUAACUAUGUGCUCUCCGUGAACGGAAAUGCUCAGAGUUAUGUGCCCGGUCAGAGGUAUAAUGUAAGCCUGAGUGCAUUUUCUGGCUUGUCCUUCAUCAGCUUUAUGCUUUCCCUGGAUCUGGAAACCGGCGAAGAUGAAGGUGACCCCAAUGCCCUGGGAACCUGGGAGAUUGCCGAUCUCACAGAGACGCGUUUCAGUCCUCGCUGUGCAAAUCUGGUGGAGAACACCAACACGAAUGUGAAGACCCGCGUGGACGUGGUCUGGGUGGCUCCUUCUACUCCAGGACAUGGUUGCAUCCUGCUGAGGGCGACGGUGAUGCAGCACCGCGAUGUGUGGUUCAUGGACGAUGGCUUCCUCACCAAAAGAAUGUGCGAGGAGGAGGUGGACGACAUUGACACGCAGCCGAGUAUUGUGGAUCCUUGUUGUGCCUGUGAUGAGGCUAAAUAUGAACUCACCUUCGAGGGAAAGUGGUCACGGCACACGCAUCCCAAGGACUUUCCUGCCAACAGUUGGCGCACCAGAUUCAGCGAUAUAAUUGGUGCUUCGCACACCUUGGAUUAUCGCUUUUGGCAAUAUGGAGAGUUGGCCAGCGAGGGACUUCGCGAGGUGGCGGAACAUGGUUCCACGAGGACAUUGGAGAGCGAACUGAAGGACCAGAGCGAGCACAUUCGUACCAUAAUCAAGGCAAGAGGCAUUGCCUAUCCGAAUGUCACGGGCAAAACUUUCGCCGUUUUCCGGGUAGACUCCCAUCACCAUUUGAUUUCCUUGGUUUCCAUGGUGGAUCCCUCGCCGGAUUGGAUCGUUGGUGUUUCUGGUUUGGAGCUUUGUCUGCCCAACUGUUCCUGGGUGGAGAACAAGGUGCACAACCUGUAUCCCUGGGAUGCGGGAACAGACAGUGGUCCUUCUUAUAUGUCUGCUGACCAACCGCAAGUUCCACCAGAUGUGGUCCGUCGCAUCAAGUCCAACUUCCCCAACGAUCCUCGCUCGCCAUUUUAUGAUCCCACUGGUGCCGAGAUGAAGCCACUGGCCACCUUGCACAUAAAUCGACGACGUCUCUAUGAGAAGAAUUGCGAGUCCAACGAUUCGGAACAAGUGCCUCCCGAGUGUGCCACACAUGCCUGGUCGAGAUGGGAUGAGUGCACCACAAAGUGUGGACCUGGCAAGCAGUACAGGAUCCGUGAGUUCAAGAAUCCCACACUGGCUUCGCGCCAUCGUUGCAACAACGCGUUGAGGGAGGAGAAGAACUGCGAGGGACGCAAGUGCGCCAGCUUUAAUGAGGAGGCAGCCGAGGGAGUCCAGCCGGAGGCAGUGCCUGCUCCUGGCAGCCAGGACGAUCCCCAGUGCGGGCUGUCCGAGUGGUCGGAGUGGUCCUCCUGUACGGUGACCUGCGGCACCGGCGAGAUGACCCGAUCCCGGCACUACCUGAACAAGAAGGCCAAGAAGAAGUGCCAGAAGGCGAGCAAGGCGCGACUGCACGAAACGAAGAUCUGCGAGGCCAUGGAUUGUGGUGGCGACAUCGAGAACGGAGGAGAUGCAGGCGAACCGGAGGAGGAGCAGGCGGGUGGCGAUGAGGGUGGUUCCGCCGAGAAGCGCUCCCUCUUCCGGAACUUUGAGAGCUACAGUCAGCAUCGGGAGGAGGACUACAUACCCCCAGUUUGCGGGGUGACUCCCUGGUCGGACUUCUCGCCCUGCAUGGGUCCCUGCGGAGGUCAUGGAAAGCGUCAGCGGAUCCGCAAGGUGUGGAACAACAACGAGGUGUACGGGGUGGUCGAUCCCAACGACGAUGGACAGGAUCCCUGCCGGCACAUCAAGCUGCACGAGGAGGUGAACUGCACGAUUCCCAGCUGCGAUACGAUUGUGCCCGGCUUUUGCUACGAUCAGCUGACGGAGAGUCCUUGUCGCGACAGUGAUGUGACGAACUUCUGGUACUACGACCACGUGAGCGACCAGUGUGCCAUCUACUGGUCGGACCGGUGCGACAAGAACCGCAACAAGUUCAAGUCGAAGGAGGAGUGCGAGGACACCUGCCGCCUGCCGCGCCACAAACAGGAGCUGCAGCACGACGGGAUUCCGCCCAUCGAUUGCCUGGUCUCCGACUGGGUGUCCCACAGCUGCAACGCCUCCUGCGGCGAUGGCUUCCAGUUGCGCACACGUCGCGUGGUAAGGACUCCCAAGUACGGCGGCAAGCCGUGUCCCAAGCACCUGGUUCGCCUGGACCGCUGCUACCAACGGUGCUCGGAGGUCUACUCGAUCAGCGGCCGGGGAUUCGGCGAGCGGCGACAUGUGGCGAAGUCACCGCCGCCGGAGCCGCGCGACGAGUGCCGCUACUCGGAGUGGUCCGCCUGGACUCCCUGCACCGCCAGCUGCGGCGACAACGCGGUGCGCCAGAGGACCCGCACCCUGCUAAACACCGACAUGAGCUUCAAGUGCAAGGACCGCGUCCGCAUGGAGAAGUGCGUCAUGAUGCCCUGCCUCCUGAGCAGCAACGAUGAGCCGGAGCGGUGGUGAGGUGGCCAAAGCUUUCAUCUCCUGACAAGUAUUAGUUAAACUCCGAAUAUGUAAUCGCUGUCCAGGAAAUAGUAUCCUAAACAUUCCAGUCUCUGGGCAAGCUUAAUUAAUUUUCAAAAAAUAAAAAGCCUCAAAUAACCCAA